AAGCGACUGGAAAUAUCUGUCCCACCUGCCGGAAGCAAGCUGCGGAUGACUAAGGCCUGUUCCUGGUCUCGCGAGCUGAAGCUGUGUCAUCGCGAUACUAGCCCCCCUCCCCCCGAAAUGGCCGCGACCAGUCAAGGAAACUUUGAUGGAAAAUUUGAGGCACUGGAUCUUGCAGAAUUAACUAAAAAACAACCAUGGUGGCGUAAGCUGUUUGGGCAGGAAUCUGGGCCAUCAGCUGGAAAAUAUAGUGUAGCAACCCAGCUGGUAAUUGGGGGUGUUACUGGAUGGUGCACUGGUUUCAUAUUCCAGAAGGUUGGAAAAUUGGCUGCAACAGCUGUAGGNGGUGGAUUCUUUCUCCUUCAGCUGGCAAACCAUACUGGAUACAUCAAAGUUGACUGGCAAAGAGUAGAAAAAGACAUGAAGAAAGCCAAAGAGCAGUUGAAAAUACGUAAGAAUAAGCAAAUACCAACUGAGGUCAAGAGCAAAGCUGAGGAGGUUGUAUCAUUUGUAAAGAAGAAUGUUCUAGUGACUGGAGGAUUUUUUGGAGGCUUUCUGCUUGGCAUGGCAUCCUAAGAACUUCACUUCAUUGCUCUGUUUUUAUUGUUGUUGUUUGUUUCUUGCCAGCAGCUUCUACACUCCAACAUAGGACAAUCGGCACUCCUCUUCCUCAUCUUCUCCUGUGCCUUCCUCCCUGUUGUAGCAAAUCUGAAUGGCUUUAAUAGGUUUCUCCUAGUCCAAGGUUAAUACAGACCUUCUCAAUCUUGACAAGUUGGAAGAGACAGUAGAUGUUAACUCUUCCAGUACCCUCCUUACUUGGUUGGUGUGUAGCUUAACAAGAAUGUUCCUUUUCCCCUAUGUAAGAUCCUUUUCCAAACUUAAUUUGGAAAAGCAGCAUGUAGUUACCUUAGUAAAAGUUACAUGAAAAGGAACCAAAUACAUUUGCCUUUAGGCAUGAAAAA